GUGCGGGAGGGAGCGCGAGAGCGGCGGUCGAGCCUCCGGUGUCCCAGGCUAGCGGUGAGCAUGGCAGAACAGGAGCCCACUGCUGAGCAGCUUGCCCAGAUAGCGGCCGAGAAUGAGGAAGAUGAGCACUCUGUCAACUACAAGCCCCCAGCCCAGAAGAGCAUCCAGGAGAUCCAGGAACUGGACAAGGAUGAUGAGAGCCUUCGGAAGUACAAGGAGGCCCUGUUGGGCCGAGUGGCUGUCUCUGCAGACCCCAAUGUCCCCAACGUCAUUGUGACCCGCCUGACCUUGGUGUGCAGCUCUUCCCCGGGCCCUCUGGAACUGGACCUGACAGGUGAUCUGGAGAGCUUCAAGAAACAGUCAUUUGUGUUGAAGGAAGGUGUGGAGUACCGGAUAAAAAUCUCUUUCCGGGUGAACAGAGAGAUCGUGUCAGGCAUGAAGUACAUCCAGCACACAUACAGGAAAGGGGUCAAAAUCGACAAGACUGACUACAUGGUCGGGAGCUACGGACCCCGGGCUGAGGAGUACGAGUUCCUCACACCCAUGGAGGAGGCCCCCAAAGGCAUGCUGGUGCGGGGCAGUUACAACAUCAAGUCCCGCUUCACAGACGACGACAAGACUGACCACCUGUCCUGGGAGUGGAACCUCACCAUCAAAAAGGAAUGGAAGGACUGAGUUCCAGCUGGGAGGCGGGCAGGGCGAAGGACAGACAGAAGGACCGACAUGCCCCACCCCAAACCCCUCCCCCCCCAAACCAAAGUGCUGACAGGACCCUCCCUCACCAUUCCUCCCUGGUCCUCUCAGAC